AUGUCGCACCUUUCCGAUAUUCCACCCGCCCAGCCAGACGCGGCCUUUUCGCUCAUAGCCAGCUUCAAAGCGGACACGGCCGAGCACAAGGUUGACUUGUGUCCAGGAUUCUAUCGUGAUGAUAACGCAGAACCAUGGGUUCUGCCAUCUGUUGCCCAGGCAAAGGAACAGAUACAUGCAGAUCCAAGUCUCAACCACGAGCACCUGCCUCUUACCGGUCACCCAGAGUUGCUUUUUGGCUCACAGAAGCUGGUCUUUGGCAAAACCCGGGACCUAAAGCGUGUAGCUUCAAUUCAGACAGUCUCCGGCACAGGAGCCAACCAUAUGGCUGCUCUGUUCCUCGCUACCAACCUCAAACCUAAGAGGGUGUGGAUCUCAAACCCAAGCUGGAUUAAUCACACAGAGAUCUGGAAGCUUGUUGGCCCAGACGUUGAACAGCGAUUUUAUCCGUAUUAUGAUAUGGUACAUCACAGAGUGGACAUUGAGGCAAUGACACGAACCUUGCGGAAGGAGGCAUGUGAAGGAGACGUUAUUAUCCUACACGCAUGCGCUCACAAUCCCACUGGAGCAGAUCUCACCCGCCAGCAAUGGGAGACUGUCGCUGAGAUUUGCAAGGAAUCUGGUUUAUUCGCGGGCUUUGCGUCUGGAGACCUGAAUCAAGACGCUUCCGCAAUAACUCACUUCUUUGAAAGAUCAGACCUAGAGUUCGCAGUGGCGCAGUCCUUCUCCAAGAACUUCGGUUUAUAUGGAGAGCGCGUAGGGGUUCUUCACAUGGUUGUACUUGAGACCGACACUGCGGCUAAGGUCACCCCUUUACUAACCCAGCUGUCGCGGGCUGAGAUAACUUCUUGUCCUUCAUACGGUGCAAGAAUCGUAGCCAAAAUUCUGAGUAGCCCGGUUCUCUUGGGCCAAUGGCAACAGGACCUAGUGACGAUGAGUGAACGGAUGAAAAGCAUGCGUAAAGCUUUGUACCAAGGACUACAACGUAGAGCAGUCAGGGGAUCGUGGGAGCACUUGCUUACAGACAUCGGUAUGUUUUCUAUGACGGGACUCGCCCGUGAUCAGGUCGAUGAGCUCAGAACAAACCAUCAUAUCUACCUCCUUCCUUCUGGCAGGUUGUCCGUGACUGGAUUGACAAGCAACAAUGUAGAUAUUGUUGUACAAGGCUUCCUUUCUGUGUUGGGCACGAAUUAG